AACAAAUCCACGUUGUACCGGACAACAACGAGACUUAAACAUCACAAUUCAGUUUGCUUCAAGAUGAUGUUCCUUUUAAAUGUUAUUUCUAUAUUAGUGCUAAUACAUAAUGUCCAAGGAUCAGAUUUAUUUUCCUACAUUAACUUAGAGAAAUACUAUUUCAUAGAGGAGGAAUUGAUUGGUCUUGCCGGUGCGAUCGUUGAGAUUGAGAGAAAAGGUCAUAGUGAGACGGAUGUACACACAAUAUUCCAUCACUCCAGAAUCAUUCAACACGCCAAGCGUAUACAUAUGGAUGCGGGCAAUUACGAAGAAUACCUGGCCCAUCCGAUCAAUGUAUUUCAUCUCACAAAGAGGCUAGCAACGGAAUGGAGAAACACCACCACAUCACUUCUAGAGAGUUCCCUCUGUGUGAAUGAUUUAAAGGUGAAAUUGAUGGAUAUCGAGGACAACCUUCCAACAGAGAUGGAUUUUAACAACAUUACAUACGCAGUACUCGGGCUCCAGGACUUCCACCGUUACUCCAAUGCGGAUGUUAUGGAGGGAUCUGUAAACGGGGUCCAGUCAUACGAGCCUGUUACAACAGAAGACGCUGUGGACUUCGGGAUGUCAGCUUUCAAACACAACUAUCCUGAUCGUGCGAUAUCCUGGCUCGAAUAUGUUAUCGACAAAAUCGGCAGCAGCACGACAGCUGUCGGCAAGCACUCAGUGGGCAUGCUAUACAGUACAUUAGCCACUGUGUACUUACGGAAUAACAAAAUUGAUAUGGCUUUAGAAACUACAGAUCGGCUUCUUAAAUUAGUUCCUGAUAGCACAGUCGCAAGGCAGAAUAAAGAAUACUUCCAAAUGAAGAAAUCGAGAGCAGAUAAAACAAAGGAACAACGAAUAAAAGUAUCAAAAUUCACUCGAUUGAGAGAUGGUCUAUGUUCGGGAACCAUUUCAAUGGCAAAAAAGAAAUCAAAACGACGAACGGUUAGGUUAGAUACGUGGGAUGAAUCGUUCCUGACAAGAAAAAUAGAUAUUGAUGCAAUGGUGAUUAGACAACGGCCUUUGAUAGUAGUAAUCCCUGGACUCAUCAGCAACGAAGCUACUGCUAACAUUACGACUCUUGGCUAUGACAAGAUGUUCCAGAAAGCUAUACCUACAAACAAAUACGGUGAUCCAAAAUUUAAAGUCAGAGUGAACGACACAUCGGGACCCUACACAGUAGCAGUGCAAGAUGAUAUUUCGCAGAUAAAACUAACCAGGUACCCUCCACAAGAUACCAUGUUUGAGGUUCUAAAUAUUGGAAUGGACGGGAUCCAUCGUACAGCUAAGAAGAAGUGGUUUGGUCAGUCAUUUUCAGGGACGAUGUUAACUUCGCUUUCAGAUGCCACUUUGGGUGGUGAAGUGGUGUUUCCUUUAACCAGGACCAUUCUGAGACUCCAAAAAGGAGACGUUUUGUUUUAUGAGGCUGGAGCAUCCAUGUCGAUUUGUCCAGUUAUGUAUGGCUCUCAGUGGUACGGUACAAUGGGUGUCUGGGAAUCUCUGCCAAACGGCGUGUGUGGACUAAAACACAGAGUGAUCACUGUUUGAUUACUGAAGAAAAUGUCUACCGUUCAAUGUGUCAUUAUCCCGAUAGUGCUAAUGCAACGUCAUCCAAUCGCUCAUUUACUCAUAAGUAUAAAACAUUAGUUAUCAGCCUUAGUUUUGAUACUCUCCGCCAGGGCUGCGCUCCGAUGCUAGUAUAUCGAAAAGCGGAGCUGUCCAGAGCUUUCGUCCUUACACUCAGUAGCAACGAGCCUCUGAUCAUGUGACAAUUUGUCAUAUGCUGUCAAACCGUAAGAUAUGGCGGAUUUUUACAAGAUCGACUACUUUAUCAUUAGGUCAGUUCACGAGAUUGUCACUUUUUCUGUCGUAUUUAUUUUAAUGCUCCGAUCCGUUUGCCCUUUACAGCCAAAAUUUGUUUCAUGCUUUGGUGUAAAUAAAGUGCCAUUCAAAUUGUUUAUGGGCUCGCAGUGAGUACUAAUUGUUGUUAAUCAACAUUGAUGAAGUUUGUUUCUUUAUUUGAACAAAGUGUUUUUACAAUCAAUCACAUUUUAAUGCCAUAAGUUAAAUAGAAGUAAUUAUGACCGAACGUAAGCUCCUCAUUUAGAACGAUGUUUACCGUAGCACUGCGUCUAAUAUGUAUCAAAUAAUUAAAGAAUAUAUGAUAGACUUGUGAAUCUUAAGAAACUUCGAGGUAGGAGAUAUUUUUAUGUAGGAUUUACGUUGUUGGGACCUAUGUUUCACUUCGGGAUAUCCGAGUUUUUCGAGUUUUCAGAGUUUGAAUUAUCAGAGUUUUUAUUACUAAGAUUAAGAAGAGUUUUGGCCGGGACCGAUGAAAUACUUCGAGUUAAACGGGGUCUUCGAGCUAUACGAGUUCGAGAUAACGAGGUUCGACUGUAUUUGUUUUUUGAUCGGUUUUGCGUUGAAAUUUCUCUUACGGUGACAUAUUUGGGAGAAAUAAAGUUUCGGUCUAUUUAUUCAGUUAUGUAACACCGAAAUAGAUUGUCAAUAGUCUUCCUAUAGUCUUGACAUUUAGCCGUUGACAGGGGGUUUAAUUGGUGUAAGUUGGUGUAAAGAACGACAAUUUCUGAGUGUAAGGACAGACAACUCUGAGUAGAGAUUGGCUUUUAAGGAUUAACGAACGUUAACGGAGAUGCAUGAAUAUCAUACCUACUAAUAUGUUCAUCUCGUUGAUUGGCAUAGUAAGGCAUAAUGAGUGGUUCAGUUACAGAUGGAUUUCCGUGAAAUUAUUGGAAUUUAAAUAAAAACAAAUCCAAAAUAAUUGAUCUUAAAGUAUAACAUUACGUCUGGAAUUUGAUGUACCUUGCAAUUCCAAGUCUGAUAAAGUAAACGGCGCCAUAAUUAAUGUUUCAUCAUAUGUAUUUGUUUAAAAAAAAUGAAAUUCUAAAGUAAAACAACCCCUAUUAAUGUGAAAAACAAUGUCAGCUUGGAUUAUGAAAGAACAACCUUUUCAUAUAAAUAAUAACCUCCUUGGCAGAGCAUUGCAUAAAUAGUUUUGCUCGUUCUUGGUGUCAUUAAUGAUAUAAUCAUAAUAAUGUUACAUUUGUUUGUUUGUUUGUUUGCUUUUGUUUUGCAAUUUUCUAGAUAUCCUUAGAAAUGAGAGUUCAGCGGGGGAACAUUUCAUGCUUUUGCAAAUUAAAAAAAUCAUACAGUUAUAUUCUAUAAAACACCAAAUAUUUCAAUUUGUGAUGAAAUCUAAAAUCUUAAGCAAAUAAACGAUAAGAAAAUUGAGGUUUUUUUCUUGAUUUGUUGCACUCCUCUAUAUGAAUGGCCUUAUAAUCAAUCUGUGUUAGACGUCUUGUUUGUAUUUACAAGGACAUAUAUUCACAUAUUAUCCUUGUUUACCAGUUGUAACAAAUAUCUGUGUUUAAAAAUAAUAAUGAAGGUAUAAGGUACUCCAGGUCCGUUGUAGUAGGGAGAAGAAAGCCACGCUGAAAUGUAUAACUAUGACAUCAUUUUUUACGGUAAUCAAAAACACAUUCUUGUCAUUUUACUUACAACAAAUUAUUUUAUUCGUGUAAUGUUUUAAUGUGCAUAAAACACCAAAAUGAUUCUGUAAAAUGGUUAUCUGCCUUUGGUUCAACAACAGUCAGACUAACUUUACAUUCAUUAAUUUUUGUGAGAUAUCUUAUUUUCGUGAAUGUCGCGAAAGCAUAACAAUUUAAGUAUUCAGUGCGUUGAAGGGUUAUGUCAAAUCAUCGAUAUUUAUUUUUUUGCAUGAAAUACGUAAAUAACCCGUUAAACUAUAAAGCGAUAAAUAAAAACAACGAAAACGUGUUAAUCAACUUUGUUUUGUUUUGUUAAUUUAUUUUACUGAGAAGCUACUAAACUACUCGUUAACCUAAAAGAUUAAAACAUAGAGAAAAUUAAGCAUAAUUCAAUUCUGAAUUUCUUUACUCGCGAAAAUGAACUAUUAUACAGUAAGAUAUCACCUAUCGGUUCGAACGUCAUAUGCCAAGUAAAAGUAUCCUUUCAGUACAGUUAUGUCAUACAUUAGUAUCGCUUAUUAUACAAUAUCUAUAAACAUCUCGUAACGGUGUACAACAUGUACGCAUACACAUCGCAUAUCUUAUUUUCUGAUCGUAAAAAAAUCCCAUCAAAAGUAUUGCUUAGCUAUAUAAUACAAUAAGUAUGUAUUCAGAAUAGAGCCAUUACAUGAUAAUCUUAUUCAAAUACGAUGUAUGGGCCGAGUCUUGAGAUAUAUAUAUCAGCGGGGUGCUAUCGAACCAAAAUGCAGUCAAGGCAAGGUACAUAAAGUCCAUAUGAAAUUGAAAAACAAAAUCCUUUAGAUCGCAAAAUAAGGCAAUUGUUUUAUCGUCAGAUCGGCGAUGUCGCCAUCUUGAAGUCAUGUCAAUUUGCCAUCAAUUCGUCUUUACGACAUCAUGACGUCAUGUCUGCUCUGUUCAUUCUGUCGUCGCAAUAAAUAUUAUUACCUGAGGUGAUACAUAAAACAAUAUGUCAGAUAUGUAUCCCAUGUAUAUGUAGUCAUAUAAUAAAUAAUUCUUUGUAAUACUAUUUUAUUUGUAAUUCGAUAUACAAUAUACCUAGUAUUUCAGCGGUCACCUGUUUAUUCUGCAAUUUAAUUCCGCGUUAUACGAUGAGAGGUACGCUAUAGGAUAAACUGUUGCGAUAAUUUU